CCAUCCUCAUGUUCGCCAUUAUUUCUUACACCGACCCCAUAACUGUCGAAUUGUAAGACUCCCUGUGGAGGAGCUCCUGCAAAUCCUCUUAACAACAGCGUAACAGAAUGCGUGAGUGUAUCUCCAUCCACGUUGGUCAGGCUGGUGUCCAGAUUGGCAAUGCCUGCUGGGAGCUUUACUGCCUUGAACAUGGGAUCCAGCCAGACGGACAGAUGCCCAGUGACAAGACCAUUGGAGGAGGAGAUGAUUCCUUCAACACCUUCUUCAGUGAGACUGGAGCUGGAAAGCACGUCCCCAGAGCUGUCUUUGUAGACCUGGAGCCCACUGUCAUCGACGAGGUGCGCACUGGGACUUAUCGCCAGCUGUUCCACCCCGAGCAGCUGAUUACUGGCAAGGAGGAUGCUGCCAACAACUACGCCCGUGGACACUACACCAUCGGCAAAGAGAUCAUUGAUCUGGUGCUGGACAGGAUCCGUAAACUGGCUGACCAGUGCACUGGCCUUCAGGGCUUCCUGGUCUUCCACAGCUUUGGAGGUGGCACCGGCUCUGGUUUCACCUCCCUGCUGAUGGAGCGUCUGUCUGUCGACUACGGCAAAAAGUCCAAGCUGGAGUUCUCCAUCUACCCAGCUCCCCAGGUGUCCACUGCUGUGGUGGAGCCCUACAACUCCAUCCUGACCACCCACACCACCACCAACUUGGUGCCAUAUCCCCGUAUCCACUUCCCUCUGGCCACCUAUGCCCCUGUUAUCUCUGCUGAGAAGGCUUACCAUGAGCAGCUCUCAGUGGCAGAGAUCACCAACGCCUGCUUCGAGCCAGCCAAUCAGAUGGUAAAAUGUGACCCUCGCCACGGCAAGUACAUGGCUUGCUGCCUUUUGUAUCGUGGUGACGUAGUGCCCAAAGAUGUGAAUGCUGCCAUUGCCACCAUCAAGACCAAGCGCACCAUCCAGUUUGUGGACUGGUGCCCCACUGGUUUCAAGGUGGGCAUCAACUACCAGCCACCCACUGUAGUUCCUGGUGGAGACCUGGCCAAGGUCCAGAGGGCUGUGUGCAUGCUGAGCAACACCACUGCUAUUGCAGAGGCCUGGGCUCGACUUGACCACAAGUUUGAUCUGAUGUACGCUAAGCGUGCCUUUGUUCACUGGUAUGUGGGUGAGGGUAUGGAGGAGGGGGAGUUCUCUGAGGCCAGAGAGGACAUGGCAGCUCUGGAGAAGGAUUAUGAGGAGGUUGGAGUCGACUCCAUUGAGGGUGAGGGAGAGGAGGAGGGAGAGGAGUAUUAAAAAAGGACAAUAAGACAUAAAGGCACAAGUUGGAUAGGAAACAAUCGAUUGCAAUGUGUUCCUGAAAAUGUCAAUUUGGAUCUUAAUGUGUUCCUGUGAUGGGAAGGGCCAGAGGGGACAUAACAAGGUUGUUAGGUUGGAAGUAGGUUGGGGUUUGCUCUUUCAAGGGUAAGAAAGAGGAGUAUUUAAGGGACAUAUUUAAGGGACAUAUUUAAGGGACAUAUUUAAGGGACAUAAAGCACUAGUUAAACGGGAAACAAUUAUUUAAAAUUUGCAUUCCAAAUGUGUGUCUAUGAAAUGUUUGGCUAUGUUCAUACUAAGAAAUCCCAAAAAUGUCUGUUUCUCCUAAAUAAAUCUUCUGUAACAUAAA